GUUGUUUAACCCUAAACCCUAGACCCGGCGGGGGCUAAACAACCGCAGCAAUACGGGUGACGAGAUGAAACUAGCCGAUAGCUUCCUGCUUGUUGUAGUUACAGCUAAGUACGUCGUGUGAGUAGAGUGUAGUACUACUACUAGUGUGGUCUUGUUGGAGCUGCUGAGAUAAUCACGAUAGGCCGCAUAGGGGAAAACGCUCACUAAACUUUUUGUUGAUGGUGCUUUGUCGUGGUUCAAGCAUUCCCUCUUUUUACAAAGAGUUCUACAGUUAAAAGAAAGGUCAAAAAAGAACAUGUGAGUCUGUGCUGUGUACUGUCUCUGCCCUCGUUGACGGCCAACAACCUUCACGUUACGAAUGGCAGAGGAUUCAACAUCGGGAACUUCCGUAUUUGUUACGAAGAAAAACGCGGGAGAAGGAGCAAGUUGGCCCUGUUUCGCACGCCUGGUUGUGCUACGCGUUUAUUUUAACAAACAAGGAGCGACGAGUCCGCGGAGCUUCUUGUAGGGACGACAGGACUACUGCGUACUACAACAUCAAGAGUCCUCUGCCCCUUCUCCACUAUCCAAACCACGACAACGACUACCACGACUUCAUUAUCAAAAACAACAAUCUGUCAUCAUGGUCGCGGCCUCGAAGAAUCCCUGUGAUCCUCGGAAGCUGAUCGAGUCGGUCGCAGAUGUUCUUGCGGCAGCUCAGAUCGACUUCGCGCAGCAGCUGAAACAGCAGAGUCAUCAACUGUCGAAAUCAAUAACCUCGGAUCAGAAUAAAGAUAAACUACAGGUAGGAGCCUUAUUUUCUACAGAUGGUAGAAGGAUGUUCUCUUUCAAGAGUUUGUCUGGAAGAUGCAUGGUGAUGUCGUGCUGGUAAGACUUACUGGGCUACUACCUCUACUUGUUUCAUUGACAUGAAGAUUAUGAUUACUCACAUGAUUUACAAGUGCAUUCUUUUUGAGGUUUUCUAUUGCUAAUUUAAAAAGUUGAGUUGUAGUUAUGAAUGGUUCUGGUAUUUUUGGUAUAGCCUGAAUUUGAUCCUAAGGGAAAACAAGAAGAGAACCAUUCAGGUUACCAAAUUCAGGCUAUACCAAAAAUACCAGAACCAUACAAGUUAUAAGUACAGUUCAUCCCUACUAGUACAACUUGUAAAAAACACAGAAUUGGGUCGAUGCUGUGCGAUGUCUUCAAAGCAUAAGUACCGCAUACGUCUCGACAGUAGAUGACGACGCGGUGGUUAUUGGAGGCGCUGGGCCUGCGAAUGUGGGUGGCGGGGGGCGAGGCUGGCUUUUCGAUAUGGAGAGGAGUAGACUCCCUGGCACACGACCGCACACCGUGACCCACGACGAUGAAACGUAUGCAUCGGAUGCGAUCAGUACACAGGUAAGAUAAUAUUAAUGUCUUUCUUCUAGUUGAUGUAGUGAGAUUGAUCUAUUUGAUAAGUGUCGUGGUCGUCCUUACCCUUGAGUUGUUGUUGUUGUGUGUACGUGGACCUCUACAUGGUGUCGUCCUCACCCCUGAGAAGUUGUUGUGUCAGUGUACGUGGACCACUACGAGGACAUGUACACCUACACCCCCAGGUCCACAGCCUGGUCGGUCAUGUUUGCAAUAGUAAGCAGGAAGUGUCUGACAACGAGCUGCACAGUCGCGUGGAUGCGAUUUUAGCGGAGACCCUAGGUUGGCAAGCGCCAAGUGCAUUCGCUUGGUCCGACGAGGCAGGAGCGGGAGGAGCGAGUUUGACAAAGCGAAUGUCGUCCGCCCCUACAGUCCCACGAACGUCGACUGGCGAAGAGGAGGAUCGAGAUAUAGACAUCGACAAUGAUUAUGGCUACCGCUCCUGGAGCAUCUCCCCAAUAUCAUGAUCCUUGGAUGUUCUUCUUUUUCUACCUGAAAAUUAUGAAGCCAAGGAUGCUCUUAGGGAUGCGACAGCGAUAGCUCUAAAGUGAAGACCUAGAGGAUGACGAUCCGGACUUGGCAUCCAUUGCGGGGACUGCUAUUUACUUAUGCUCUCCUUGAUGAGAAUGAGACUUCAUUCUGUUUCUGUGAUAUAUCGAAGAUCUACUCGUCGUUGCCAUUUCUCUUUGAAAACGACAUAGAAUAAUUUAUGUAGAAGUUCGUUGUAAAUCUAAAUGUUUGUUCUGAUGAAAAACGAUUAGUACUAAGCAGACGCAGUACUCCUGGAGCUGCACGUAAGCAGUUAUGCAUCUUCUAAUUUCCAAAAGGCAGCAACAGAUAGGCGGGUCAUCCUCGAGCACAAGUGGUAGUAUGUCGAAGAAGCGAGGACGCAAGGAUCAGGAAGGCAAUCUCUCCUCUCAGCCAUCGCAACUACCCAAUGGGCACUAUACUUAUGGCUCCCCUUCAGCCUCAACCUUAUCUUGAGAGACGUCCUGACAACUGUAGAGGGUUCCCAAGAGAAAUAACGGCGCCCAGGAAGAUGGAUCUCAAAUCGGAUGAUGUAUCUCAAAUCGGAUGAUGCAUCUCAAGCGAACUCUAAUAUACACAGCGAAGGAGGCGCAUCGAUGGAACCACGUAUGAGACAGAAGAAGACGAAUACAAGGAUGACGAGGAUCCGGGGUAUAGGCUAUUGCCGCUGACAGAACAGCAGCUGAUGGAAGAGCUGAAACAUAUUAUGUGUGGUUUACACCAAUUAGGUGAAGCUAUCGUGAAUUCAAAGUGCAAAUACGAGAGCGAGAUUGAGAUAAGUUUCAGUACUAUUACUACUUCAUUCAGUACUACUUCAUGCGUUAUGAAUGUGAAAGUGAAUCUCGAUACAACUAUGAUAAAUAUUUGUUCUCAAGAAAUAUUAGAAGAUGCAACUUUAUUUUUCAUGAUGUGUGGAGUUGGAGAUAAGGAAUUGCUACUCUUCAUACCAUAAUUGAACAGGACCUCUGCUCUCUAACUUCCGUGAACCAUACAGCAAGCUUCCUGGGGAGCUGGAUCCGAUACCAAGCCCACCAGAUACCGAAGACGAUAGCAAAGAAGAAGGAGAGUCAAGUUUGUUAUGCAUCACAUGACAUCGUUUCGGUGUAGUUGGUGAUAAUUUCAAGUUGACAUUUAAUUGUUGUGGUUAAAAACAAGAUUUACUAUGUUGCUACUUUUCAUAGCAUAAAUAUAACUACUUAUGUGUUGGUACUUUUCAUAGCAUAUUAUGACACCGCUAACAAUAGCCUCAGACCCUACCUUAGGUAGAAGAAAGCGUGGUGGCAAGGUGCGCAAGUUGCCCUGGGUAGACAAGAUGAGGUCUGCUGGGAAGAAAAAGAGACGACUAGCGAAAGGCGUAAAGCAUAGCAUUUCCAACGACGAAUUCUAUCCAGUGGAAAUGAAUGGGACUGUGUACUUCUACCGAUGUUAUAUCUCUAGUUGUGCUCCGGCAAGCUGUAUGAAGGUAACGACCAUUGGAUUUUCGAUCUGGAAUCAGUUGGAUACAACAUUCAUCAUGAUCAUCCUCAUUUUCAUUACCUAUGAUCAACAAUCUGAAACAAUAUCAAUCUCACAGUUUCGACUGCUUCCACCUCCGUGUGGUCUUUGAGCGGCAGAGGACAGGUUUCGAGGAGACCAAGGAGUUCAAGGUGGAGAUGGGACAGAUCAUCGCAGCGCGUUAUCAGGUGGUCGAAUUCCUAGGUGCCGCCGCGUUCAGUCGUGCUGUCCAGUGUCAUGAUUUGGAGACGAACAGGAUGGUUUGCUUGAAGAUUAUCAAAAACGACAAGGACUUUGUGGACCAGAGCUUAGACGAGAUCAAGCUGCUCAGUUUCAUUAACAUCAACUGUGAAGUUAUGGCAUCAAGAAGGUUUGGAUGUAGCUUACUCAGCUUUAGACUACUGUAUUAAACUUUAACACGAAAAUUAUUUAGCUUGAGUAGAAGAUUUCGAAGUUGUACUUGUACUAGAGAUAGAGAGCCACGUGGUCAUAAAAGGUCUUGCUCACUAAUGGCACAGCCGAGCUCCAUCGACUCCCUCUCUCGAUUUGGCACUCUCGUCUCUUUCAGUCAAAAGUUUUUCUACCACUUUCCCGCUAUCUCGUUCGCCCUCUCCUCUUCUCAUCUUACUCAUCCUCCCCCAUUGUUCCCCUCUCCCCAACAUCUGCUUCAACUACCCUCCUUCAUGUGACACGCAGACGAGAAGAACGUUUUACGCUUGAUCGACUUCUUCUAUCACAAGGAGCACUUAGUCCUGGUCACGGAGCUGCUGAAAGACAAUCUCUACGAGUUUUCGAAGUUCAAUAGGGAACAAGAGCCAGACAAAAUCUAUUUCAACAAGAGAAAUCUUCAAGCAGUUUCGCGAGAAAUCCUCGUUGCGCUCGAAUACAUACACAGCCUCAACCUGAUACAUUGUACUGCUUCAUGAUGAUCAUGUCGAUGCGAAGACUUGAAGAUGUUUGGUUACAUCAUCUUCUUGUUCUUCAAUCAUUUCAUUCAAAAUUCAAUACAGGUUAGUCAAAAUUCACACAAUUUGGAUAUGGCGACAAUUGUAAAAAGUUCUUUAUGAUUUACUAGGCCUUAUUCUUAUUGUACUACAUUUUUGGGGCUAGCGUCUACCCCUCCAACAUCCUCGUUUCUCAAAUUGGACUUACAUUCCUCAGUGUCAGUCAUCACUGCACUCGUCCCCCUAUCAGGUGACUUGAAGCCAGAAAAUAUCCUGAUGAAAAGUUACAGCCGUUGUGAGGUAAAGGUGAUCGACUUUGGAAGCAGUUGCUUUAUCGAUGACCACCUUUCUUCCUACGUGCAAUCCAGAAGCUAUCGGGCGCCGGAAGUUAUCCUCGGAUGCCCGUACUUAGUUCUUGUUUUUUGUUAAAUACGUAUGCCAACAGAGCGGAAGGGGCCGGGUGGCUGCGUAAUGGUCAGAGCCCACGCGCAGGGCUUGCGAAGUGCUGGGGUAGGAACCCACUGCGCGGGCGCGGUGCACAGGGCCAACACAAUCGGAGCGCCGCCGAAGGUCAGCGGCGGGCUUAUGGAGACACCGGGCGCAGGCAGAUGGCCUGCGCCGCGGUCGUGCAUCUUGUUCCCGCGAUAGCUGGGGGAAAAGAGAUGCGGGGGAGGCCCACGGAGAUAACCUCGGGCUUGAGAGAGUGGGGCCGGAAGUUUAUGACAGACAGGCAAAGCCGCGUAGUCCCGGACUAGUCCCGAGCGGUACGCAUGUAGCGCCGCUGCAACCGAUCCCCCUGCAUCCAGAUCCCACGUGGACGCAGGACCACAACGCGACCGCGGCACAGUGCGGGCCUAGCCCUUUUACCCAGCAGCAAGUAGCACCGCCCGGCUUUACGAGCGCCAGCGCCUCCUGGCGCCGCUCUCAUCUCGCUCGUGAACGCGAGCGCGGAUGUCGCGCUUGACAGUAUCAGCGAAAAGGGAUUGGCUGGACAAAUGGCGUGGGCGUGGCCGAGUGCCGCAGUUUCGAAGAAGUUGGACAGUCAUGCGUCGUUUGCCAUGUACUGGCUCAGCAAUCAGGCGGACGCGCGCCCGGCCAACGUUUUGGUUAAAAUCUGGCUAAAAAAGUCGGCUUUUUGGGAUCGCGGGGCGCCUGCCCUGGGCCGUUGUGUGUCUGCUUCGUUUCUGGGGUUUUUCUGCCUUUCUCUUGUUGUUUUGUUGGUAUAUUUGCGAGCGAUAGGGGGAAUGCUUCCGAGUAUGGCUCUUUUCUGCUAUUUACAGAGGGUUCGCGGAUCUUGAAAUCUGCGGCAGCAGAUCAAAAAAGACGACCGAAAAAGUCCCCGGGUUUUUUCGGUCGUUUUUUUCGAUCGGUUCCGGUUCUGUAUGCUUACUUUGGCUGAGUGGCUCGGCUCGGGGGUGCAUGUCUUAGGGGUCUCGGUUGGAGGGGGUGCGUUGCUGAAGGUGGUCAGGGUGACGAUGGGCCAUCGGUCUUCGGGUAUGAUGCUUCUAGUCUCCUGGGUGUUUUCGUGCUGCUUUUCAGUGGGUUAGGUUUGUUUGUGUUUGGUUUUCAAUUUCAUUUAGUAACUUCUUUAUCUAUCCUAGUCUUAUAUAUGUGUUAUGCGGUGGGUAUUGUAAGUAUAUGGUAGGUUUUUUUUGAUGUGCUUUUCUUGUGUUUCAAAAUCUACAAAGAUAUACAGAGAAAAACAAACUCAUGCUCACAACCAACACGAACAGAUAUGACCAGAAGAUCGACAUUUGGUCUCUGGGGUGCAUUUUGGCAGAACUAUGGACGGGAUAUGUGCUUUUCCAGAAUGAUAGCGUUCAUGCGCUUCUUGCGCGAGUGUUGUUAUGGCCACAGGCACAGGAGCUUGCGCUACUUUUUAAAUCAUUCAAAUAUAAUUCAGAUUGAUUGUUCUGCCCAUGGGAGAAUAUGGAUAAAUAUUCUACCUUGUUGCAACUUGUCAACAGAUUCGUGUCAUCAAGCUUCACUGUGAUUACGGAGGGCAGCGUGAUAUUCUCUUAUCGUGAACAGAGUUGGGUUCGAUUCGUUCUUUUUAAAAACGCGAUCGCCAUCUUGUCAAGAUCAAGAUCGAAGACCUUCCGCAGAAAUCAGAAUCUUUUACUUCAGCGACUUUGUUUAUAUAGUUGGUUCUCCACCUAUCAUCCUCCACCUAUCCUUGUCCGACGUCUUCUAAACUCCGGAAUCAUGGGUCGCCUACCGUUUCACGUGAUGGCUUCAGGGAAACACGUUCCUACCUUCUUUACGCAAGACGGCCGUCUCUAUCAAGAGGAAGGGAAUAAACCGGGCGACCCCGAAGGCCUCAAGCGGUUAUCGCUGCUCAUUCCGAAACGCACUACGUUGGGCCAUCGAUUGUCGUACUACUUAAUUUCAAUGAUAGGACGAUGGAUUUUUAAACACGCUGUGAAGGUAAAACGAGGAGUGCAGCUCCAAGUAUGAUAAGUACCUCAGAAUGAACACGAUUUUUUGAAUUUAUAGAAUAGCAAUUGUUGAUAUUCCCCUGCUCCCGACAGCUUACCCGAGGGCGACCCAUUGCUGGAUUUCAUCGGAUGCAUGCUGAACCUGGAUCCCACGCGCCGUCCAUCCGCAACAGAAUGCCUCCAGCACCCUUUCUUAACGGACACCGCAUACCAGGAGGAUAACUGAGAUGGUUUUCUUUGCUUUAUUUAUGGCGGGUCGUGCCGAAAAACGCACACAGUCCUAGCGGUGAGGGUAUGCGCGUGAUGGGCGACUGAUUGGUGGGGGGUCUUCAUACAUCGCUCUCGGAUCCAUUCCUCCACUUCGAAAAUAGAAUUACCAGAAACACUAGACGGACUUUCUUGGCGAUGUGUAAACAACAAUCUGAAUCUAAGAAGUGGCUACCAGCAUGGAUCCUCUUGAUCGGAUUCAUCAAGAUCAAGACAACGUAAAUGAUUCCUUUGAGUACGUUACUUCAAGUACUACUAGAGAAAUGACGAUAAGAG